GGAAUCAGACCUUAUCAGUGUGUUGAAUGUGGAAAAGAAUUUACAGUAUCAAGUAACAUGAAGAAACACAUGAGGAUUCACAGUGGAGUCAAGCCCUAUCCGUGUAAUAUAUGUCAGAAAUCAUUUACACGAUGUGGUACUCUGGAGAGGCACAUGGCGAUUCACAGUGGACUCAGACCGUAUCAGUGUGUUGAAUGUGGGAAAGCAUUUAGACAUUCAUAUCACCUGAAGACACACAUGAUGAUUCACAGUGGAAUCAAGCCUCAUCAGUGUGUUGAAUGCGGGAAAACAUUUGCACAAUCAAGUAAUCUGCAGAAACACAUCAGAAUUCACAGUGAAGUCAAGCCUUAUCCGUGUAAUAUAUGUCAGAAAUCAUUUACACGAUCAGGUACCUUGGAGAGGCACAUGGCGAUUCACAGUGGACUCAGACCGUAUCAGUGUGUUGAAUGUAGGAAAGCAUUUAGACAUUCAUAUCACCUGAAGACACACAUGAUGAUUCACAGUGGAAUCAAGCCUCAUCAGUGUGUUGAAUGCGGGAAAACAUUUGCACAAUCAAGUAAUCUUCAGAAACACAUCAGAAUUCACAGUGAAGUCAAGCCUUAUCAGUGUAAUAUAUGUGAGAAAACAUUUACAGUAUCAGGUACUCUGAAGAAUCACAUGGCGAUUCACACUGGAAUGAGACCUCAUCAGUGUGUUGAAUGCGGGAAAGCAUUUGCACAAUCAGGUAACCUGAAGACACACAUGAUGAUUCACAGUGGAAUCAAGCCUUAUCAGUGUGUUGUGUGUGAUAAGUGGUUCACACACUCAAGUAGCCUGCAGAAACACAUGACCAUUCAUAGUGCUAGCAAGCCGUAUCAGUGUGAUGUGUGUGGUAAAGCGUUUACAUACUCAAAUAGCCUGAAGCGACACCUGACCAUUCAUAGUGGAAGCAAGCCUUAGCAGUGUGUUCGAUGUGGGAAAAUAUUUUGACACUCAGGUACUCUGCAUACACAAGUGAUGAUUCACAAUGGAAUCAAACCUUUACGAGUGCAUUGUUUGUGAGAAAGGAUUGACACACUCAGGUAAUCUGCAGAAACACAAGGAUUCGCCGUGGAAUCCAACUUAUCAGUGUGUUCAAUGAAGCGAGGGAUGUAACAUCACACGUUUCAUAGUUCUGGAAUAAAGGUUUACAAAGUUCA